GCGGGACCACUUUAGAUCACUGUGGAAAUCCUGUGUGUCGGCGGCGACCGAGACAUGACACAUGGUUUUAGCGUUGAUCAAAAGUCACAGAGCUCCCCCACUACUUCGAUGUUUACAUUGGCUUGGCUACACGUACGUUUGAUGGUUGACCACAGAGCUAGAGAGGGAAAGGUUUCGACACGGAGUUAAUGACGGUGAUUUCUACCUCAAGCGAUUUGAUUUGAACCGAGGCAGAACUUUCCUUCAUGGGCAGAAAACGCAAGCAAACAAGAGAGGGACGCUUCUUAAUGUGAUUUGAAAGACAACUGUUAGGAACUGAACACCAACUGAGAGGAGUUAAUUGAUUGAGACUGUAAGAUGAGACAGAGAAUGUUGUGAUUGCACAAGAGGAGAGCCGGCUCAGGUAGAAUCUCAAAAUGAAUGGUUCAUGGAGUGACGCAUCGGAUCGAAGCGGGGAACUAGACCUCGUCAAUCCAGGAUCGCAGUCUGAAGCCUCGGGGGAAGAGUUUGAAAGUUCCGACGAAGCAGACAAUGACGAAGGAGAGGAAUUAGACCAGGCUGAAAACAGAAACGAGCAGAACUUUAUCCAGCGUCAGGUUCAGUCAGCGGAGGAAGCUGACCAUAACAUCGAGGUGGAGGAUGAUGGAGAGGCUCUGGAUAACUCCGGUGACACCCUAGUGUCUCUUGAUGAGGACCUGGCUGGGGUGGACGGUAGCAAGCCGAGCCACGGGGUCAUAAAUAUGCACCAUGUGGAUAUGAUACUGGAUAACAUUGAUGCUGAGCUACACAAUAUUAUUAAUAGGAGCAGAACAAGUGAGGCCAGUGAACAUAGCUUCCAGUCUGGCCAACCAAGAACUCAACAGACAUUGGGUCAGGAAAUACAUACGCCAGGAAGUCUGUCUGAGGAAUCAAAUGACGAUACAACGGCUGAUGAAGAAGAGCAUGAUGACAAUGGGUUCGACACCGGUUUAGGAACAAGCAGCCUUCCGAGAGACUCUAGCCUAGUACCCAGAAUGGACCACACCCACCAGGGUAAUGGGAUAGUCCAGAUGAAUGGCGGAGUGGCCAAAAACUCAAGAGAUAAAAAAAGGCUGAGCAACAAACGAAAUCAAAGAGACCCCCUUAGGAAACCUAUAUUGGAGUUGAGUGAUGUUGACUCUAUCUGCUCCGAGGACAUCAGGAUCAGAAUGGAGGAGACGCUAAACCUACAAGAUUCAGACACCAACACACUGCAUACCCACAAUCCUUCAUUUACCCAUGAUGCACCGUCACAGUACAGUACUCCGCGUUACUCCGCACACAGUCCGCACCACGAAACACCACAGGGGGAACAGACUGAGACGACCAGUGACCAGGAGUCGCAGGUUGCCGAUAAAGAAGACAGUGAUCGUGAGGAGAUCACAUCCAGAAUCAAGGAAAUAGUUUCCAUGGCAUUAUCGGAAUCUGCAAGCGCAGGUUCCUCCUCUGACUCAACCCAAGUUCUGGGUCAUUAUCACCACCAAAGAUCGAAGGAAUUAAGAAACUCAAAUGUCAAAACAGCGUCAUCAUCGGCGGCACCAACAAGCCGAUCUUUUCAGGAGCACCGGCGGGCCGGGCGAGGUUGUGACAUGGACUCCAUCGCAACGGAGGAUUUUGAGCACAUCUUCCAGACAAGUAUUAUCCGACCACAAUCGUCUUCCAGUAAUAAUAUAAGACUCUCCCCAAAGAAACACGCAGCUGCCGAGAAACCAUCACAUCCUGUCGGGACUUUGAAGUCGUCUCUGCCUCUGAAGGACACCGAUCGACUCAUGGUGCCCGGGCACGGAAAGCGUGGUAAAUCACGACAUCGUAAGAAGCGGACGGCUACCGUGCCGACAUCCAAACCGAGCGGUCUUCCAGAGUAUAUGUACCUGCGCAAGGAGGUUACCGAGAGUGACCUCGGGUCAGAUUCAAUUAAGACUGAGGAAUAUGAGGGUCAUUUUGAGGUUGCUAAGGUGAUUGAUUAUCACUCCACCCCUAAAUAUGCAAAAGAGAGUAAACUUCCAAAGAGGUUGCGUCGUCACAACGUCCAGAGCGACCCGGAGUCCAUCCAGACAGAGGAGUACGAGCAGCGCUUCCGCUCCUUGAUGGUCAAGCACGUGGCCGGAGUACUGGUCAAGAGCUUUGACCAGGUGUCCAUCCAGAGUGACCUGGAGUCUGUAGAGACAGGAAUGGUGCAUCAGAAAUUCCAGGAGGCACUACAGAAAGGUCCAGAAGUGAAAGUUUUUGAUGAGUAUGGUGACCGGAGCGAUACGGAUCCAAUGCAGAUGGAGGAACUGGAGCAGAAAUUCCAAGCAGUACUUAAGCAGAAGAAAAAGGACAAAAAAAGAUACACACAACGAGACACUGAUGAGGGUGGAACUAGUGAUGUGGAUAGUGUUCGGGCGAUACCAUCAAAGUCUGAAACUGGUAGUCCGCCAAAUAGACAAGGAACAAACGGACGCAAACAAGCACAGAGGCUGCUCAAUGGUGGGCGGCAAACGCAUCACUCCCGGGACCCAUCUCCCCGCUCAAGUGCCUACAGCUCAAGCCGGUCAUCCCCAAGAGUCUCAAGUACCCCUGCCCGGCCUCAGCCAUCGACCAGUAGCCCCUGGGGCACCCCACGAGACAUCAGCCCAAGUCCGCCCCAGCAGAGCCCCACCUUACAGCAGGGCGUGCAUCCACAGUUUGCAUUCGCUCCACAGCUACAGGGGAAGCCGUGUGGGAACCACGAGAAGGCUGCUCAGAGGUAA